AUGGCUGACACCUCGCGAACAUUGCAGAGCAAAUCCGAGCUUUACCUCAAGGAGCUCGACUCGGCUCGUCUGCGCGGCAACUGGCUCGUGGAACAGCCCAGCCAGUCGGGCAAGUCGCUUCCGUGGAAGGAGCUCCUGCGCAAGUUUGCCAAACACAACCCCGACAGGCCGUCUCUGGCUGAACUCGCAUCGCUCGAACACGAACUCAAGGCUGCCAUCCACAACUUUUACACAGACUCGCACUACACCGACGCAUCGCACCUCUCGGACUACAAGCUGCAUCCACGCGCCGGAGAUGCCACGCUCUUCCCGCCUAUCAUGAAGCCAGGCCAGGACGGCCUCGGCUGGUCCACCGAAAACGUACAGCAAAUCGCCGAUCGCGUCCUCGAGUACGGCGAUGGCAACAACCGCCCAGCCGCCGUCUCGCUCCGUGCGCUCGCCCUCUUUGCGCUAGGCCGCGACGACGAGGCGGUCGACAUCUUGCAUCGCGAAAAGUUCAUGGAGACUGCCGGCGAGGCUGCGGCCUCGCCCGAGAUCCACAACUCCGCCCUCACCGCCCUCAUCCUCCAGGGCUUCACCAUCUACGGCAUGGCCAACGAGAGGCUCCUCGUCACAAAAAACGAGGCUGGCUACACCCCCUUUGCGCUCGCCGGCUACGCGCGCGCUAUCGAGCUCCACGAAUCCUUGCGCGGAGGCAAGAAGGCCAACGCCCUUCGCGGCCUCCCCGCAGACGAGAUCGAAAAGUGGGCCGAGGCGGCGCUCUACCGCAAUGCGCUGCUCUCCAUCCGCGCCGGCGAACCCGUGCAGAGCCUCAACGCCCUCCGAUCGUACCAGGCGCACGCCAGUCGCUGGCACCACGAGUUCCGUCUGCCACAGCGCAACGUCAUUCACCGAUACUACCUCCGCGUCCUCAACCGCGCCGCCGAGCUCGGCACCUACGUCGACCCGCCCGAGCUGCCGGCCCCCAGCCGCGACGACUGGAGGAGCCGCGCCUACCAGCUCUCGGUCGUCGCCACCGUCGCCUCGCGCGUACAGAUCCGUGACUACGAGUCCGAGCGCCUCCACCGCGACCCCGCCGCCAAGCGCAUCGCACCCACCUUUACCUCGCUCCGCGUCGCCUCGCGCACCGUCUCCAAGCGCAGGCCCAACGCCCACCGCGAGCUGCGUCCGCCCACCGUGUCCUGGUCCAACGAGGUGCUCACCGCACAGAAGGCCGCUUUCGCCUCGCUCCAAAAAUCCACCGCCUUCCCCAAGGCAGGCCACAUCAACGACGAGGUGCUCGACUUCGCCGACGAGAUGGUCAAGGCGUGGGAGAUCAACGGCGAGAUGGGCGGCGAGCAGGCCGACGACGUGGCCGAGAUCCUGUACGGACUGGUGGAGCUGACGUUCCACUCGCAGCGCAUCGCGCGCUACCUCGUGCGUCUGCUCUUUGCUGCAGAGAGCCACGACGAGGCCAAGCGUGCGCUCCAAGCCUACGCUACGAUCGCCGACAAGGCGAGGGAGGCAGAGCAGAGCGCCAAAGCCAACGCUGCGGGCGAUAGCAAGGACCAGGACGCAUCGGCCGCCAACGGCGAUGCCGCGGAAAAGGCCCAGACCAAUGGAGAUGCUGCCGAGGUGACUUCGGCCAAGGACUUUGACAGCGACGAGGUGUACGCCAACACGCUGGCCCAGGGCGCCUACCUGGUGGGCCGCUACUGCAACGAUUUCGCCCUCGCCGACAAGAUGGCCAGCAAGGCGUUGGCGGUGGUGCAGGAGGGCGCGGGCAAAUUCAAGCCGGCGUUUGAGCGCAAGAUGCUGCUGCUGGCGCGCCUGAAGCGCACCAACGGCUACGCCAAGGCCGGGCUCGCCAUUCAGAUGGCCGAUCCCGUGCGCAGGCCCAUGCUGCAAUCCGAGGCGCUCGGCGAACUCACCGCGGCGGUGCAGCUGGACGACCAGUCGAGCGAGGCGCACUACCAGCUGGCGUACCUGCAGGCCGAGAUGCGCGACGUGCACGCUGCGCUCCAGUCGGCGCGCAAGGCGGUCGAGCUCGAGCCGGCGGACGUCGAGUCGUGGCAUCUGCUCGUGCUGCUGCUGUCUGCGCAGAAAAAGUACAAGGACGCGCUCAAGAUUGCCGAGGUGGCGCUCAACGAGUGCGACAACGACGAACGGGGCGUCACGCAGGGCAACAGCAGCGGCUCGUCGCCCGCCAACUUUGCGGCGACGCAGCUGCUCAGCGUCGACUUUGCGCCGAGGCCGCUGGAGCGCAACGAGUCGAUCCUCAAGCUCAUGAUGACGUACAAUGCGCUUGAAGAACUCACCGACGGGGUGGAGAGCGCGAUUGCAGGGCAGAAGGAGCUCUUCUCCUACUUCCACCGCGUCUUCCCGUAUGCAGCUGCUGCGGCGUCGGCAGCAGGCGGCGCGGCUGGCGCCGGUGGCGGCGUGGAACACCCGCGGGUGUCGAAGGAUCUCAGCGGGCUCCGACGGUACGGCUCGCUCGCCGCGGUUGGUGGCGGGCAGGGCAGCAACGACACGGUGCUUGGCCGCUCGCACACGACGUCGAGCCGCGUGCGAUCGUAUGCGCAGCGCUCGGUGAGUGCCGCCGCGGGGGGAGCCAAUGGAUCUUCGUCGGGCGGCGGAUCGACGCUGCUGCCGGGCAUGCAGCUGGGAGGGCUGGACGAGGACCUGUCGCGCUCGGGCGCCGAGAGGACGAUCGAGCAUCUCAAGAGGCAGUCGCUUGCGCUGGCCAAGAUCUGGCUGGCGUCGGCGGCGAGCUUCCGGCGUGCGGGCCAGCUCAAGGAGAGCCGGGCGGCGAUCCAGGAGGCGGAGCGGCUGCAGCCUGGGUUGGCCGAGGUGUGGGUGCAGCUGUCGCUGUACUUUAUGAGCAGCCAGCAGACGCGGCUGGCGGUCGAGUCGCUGUACAAGGCGCUGGCGUGUUCGGCGGGCGAUGUGGCGGCGUCGGUGCAUCUGGCGAGGAUGUUCCUGGCGGAUCCGGAGCUCAAGCCCAAGCGCGAGGGUGCCGAUGCCGCGGCUGCCACGCCGGGCGACGCCAAGGCAAAGUUCGAGUCGACGGCCGAGGCGACGCUGAGCGCCAGGGCGCAGGAUCUGUCGUCGGUGAGUCUGGCAGAGGGACUGCUGACGACGACGACCAAGGGUGCCGGAUGGGAUUCGAGCGAGGCCUGGCUGUUCUUGGGCCAGGCGGUGCAGAGGAGCGAGCGCAAACAGAGGGCAAGAGAGUGCUUCGAGUAUGCGCUGCAGCUUGAGAACACCAAGCCCAUCCGACCGCUCGCCGCGGCUCUGCUGCGUUGA